AUGAAGAAGUAUGGAUACAGACAAAGUAAUGUUGAUCAUACUCUUUUUUUAAAGAAGAGGAAAGGAAAGCUCACGACUCUUAUCAUCUAUGUAGAUGAUAUGAUAAUCACAAGGGAUGACUCUGAAGAAAUUAACAGGAUACAAGAGCAGCUUAACUCUGAAUUUGAAAUGAAAAAUCUUGGGGAAUUAAAAUACUUUCUUGGAAUAGAGGUUGCAAGAUCAUGCGAAGUAAUUUUUAUUUCUCAAAGGAAGUAUGUGUUAAAUCUUUUAUCUGAAGUUGGGUUGCUAGAUUGCAAACUAGCAACGACACCUAUUCCCCAAAAUUUGAAAGUUGUGGAGACUAAUGACCCGAUACCAGCAAAUCGAGAGAAGUACCAAAGAUUAGUGGGAAAGCCAAUUUAUCUUUCACAUAUCCGACCAGACGUAACAUAUACAGUUAAUGUGGUUAGCCAACACAUGAAGAACCCAAGGGAGGAACAUAUGGAGGUAGUAACCAGAAUACUACGGUACUUAAAAUCUUCACUAGGAGGAGGGUUAAUAUAUUCGAAGAAUAAUCAUCUAGAAGUAGAAGGUUACUCAGACUCUAAUUGGGUUGGAACAAAACCAGAUAGAAAGUCCACUAUAGGCUAUGUUACUUUAGUGGGUGGAAACUUGGUAACUUGGAGAAGUAAGAAGCAAAAGAAAGUCACAAGAUCAAGCACUGAAGCUAAAUGGCGAGGCAUGGCAAAUGGGAUUUGCAAACUACUUUGGCUUAGAAGAUUAUUGACAGAAUUGGGAUACAAACCAAAGUCAUCCAUGAAGUUACACUAUGAUAAUCAAUCAACCAUUGAAUUAUCUAAAAAUCCCAUACAGCAUGAGCAAAUGAAGCAUGUUGAUGUGGACAGAAACUUCAUCAAUAUAACCUAG